GGGAGCCCGGCGGCUCGCAGCUAGCCGGCCCGCCGGUACCCGGCACCUGGAAGAGGAUCACCCCGCUCCCUCGUGGACAAAGACCAGAGAAGUCUCUGCUCUCGGUCCUCCUCCUGCUCAGGCUCCCGGGGCUGCCGAAACCUCCGCCCGCGCAGCAGCGCUCAUCCCGCUCAGGCAGAGCGAUGCUGAAGCCCGGCGACCCCGGCGGAUCCGCGUUCCUGAAGGUGGAUCCCGCCUAUCUGCAGCACUGGCAGCAGCUCUUCCCUCAGAGCAGCCAGCUCAAAAGCAGCGGGGCCCUCGCCCAGCUUCAGCCGCCCGAGAGAGCCGAGCCCCCGGCUGAUAGCCUCCGCCAGCGCCCGACCUCCCUCUCCUCCGUCUCCUCCUCCUCUUCCUCGUCCACUCCGUCUUCCUCCUCCACCUCCUCGUGCGUCGCCGCGGCGGCCGCUUCCCUGGCCGGCCUGACCUCUCUGCCUGUGACCCAGCUCCCAGUCUUCGGCCCGCUACAGAGCUCGGAUCUCCCAGCCGCAGGAGCGCCCACUCCCCUGCAGGGCAAGGACUUGUGCGGGACCGGCAGCGGCGGCAGCAAAUGCGGCGACCGUGGGGUCGCUCGGUACCGCUGCACGGCCGAGGAGCUGGACUACUACCUGUACGGUCAGCAGCGCAUGGAGAUCAUCCCCUUGAAUCAGCACACCAGUGACCCCAACAACCGAUGUGACAUGUGUGCUGACAACCGCAAUGGUGAGUGCCCUAUGCACGGACCCCUCCACUCCCUGCGCCGGCUGGUGGGCACCAGCAGUGCAGCCGCAGCAGCCCCUCCACCUGAGAUCCCAGAGUGGCUCCGGGACCUGCCCCGGGAAGUGUGUCUGUGCACCAGCACUGUGCCUGGCCUGGCCUAUGGCAUUUGUGCGGCACAGAGGAUUCAGCAGGGCACCUGGAUUGGGCCCUUCCAGGGAAUCCUGCUCUUGCCAGAGAAGGUUCAAGCAGGUGCCAUCAGGAACACUCAGCAUCUCUGGGAAAUAUAUGACCAAGAUGGGACACUGCAGCACUUUAUCGAUGGUGGAGAACCCAGUAAGUCAAGCUGGAUGCGGUAUAUUCGAUGUGCGAGGCACUGUGGAGAGCAGAACUUAACAGUGGUUCAGUACAGAUCCAAUAUAUUCUACCGGGCCUGUAUAGAUAUUCCCAGGGGCACUGAGCUGUUGGUGUGGUACAAUGACAGUUACACAUCUUUCUUUGGAAUCCCUCUCCAGUGCAUUGCACAAGAUGAAAAUUUGAAUGUCCCUUCGACUGUAAUGGAGGCCAUGUCCAGACAAGACACCCUACAGCCAUUUAAUAAAAGUAGCAAACUGUCCCCUGCCACUCCACAGCGAUCCGUAGUAUUUCCACAGACUCCGUGUAGCAGAAAUUUUUCUCUCCUGGAUAAGUCUGGGUCCAUCGAGUCAGGAUUUAACCAGAUCAGUGUCAAAAACCAACGAGUUCUUGCAAGCCCAACUUCAACAAGCCAACUAAAUUCUGAGUUCAGUGACUGGCAUCUUUGGAAAUGUGGGCAAUGCUUUAAGACUUUCACCCAGCGGAUCCUCUUACAGAUGCAUGUGUGUACACAGAACCCUGACAGGCCCUACCAGUGUGGUCACUGCUCCCAGUCUUUCUCCCAACCUUCAGAGCUGAGGAACCACGUAGUUACGCACUCCAGUGACAGGCCUUUCAAGUGUGGCUACUGCGGUCGUGCCUUUGCUGGUGCCACAACACUCAACAAUCACAUCCGGACACACACUGGGGAAAAGCCCUUCAAGUGCGAGAGGUGUGAGAGGAGCUUCACACAAGCUACCCAGCUGAGUCGACACCAGAGGAUGCCCAAUGAGUGCAAGCCAAUAACAGAGAGCACAGAAUCAAUUGAAGUGGAUUAACUGAUUGACUGGUUGGAAUUAAACUGCAAGGAAAGUCAUGAUUAAAUGUCACGGACACUUAAGCAAAACCAAAGAUUUCCUCUGAGCAACUUUCAAUCAGUCCCAGAAAACCAAAAGCAGUAAUAAAAUAAGUAAGAUGUUAAGAGAUAUUGAUCCUGGCAUGGAAGUGAGACCAGGAAAGAGAUUAUUUAUUUAUGACUAGGGAUGAGUCUUAUUUCAAUUGACAAGUUACUUGGGGCUGUUAACAUUUCAAGUCCCUCCAUGUAUUGCUUUAAUUCUAAAAGCCUUUAUAAUUGUUAUUUAAUGCCAAAGUGAGGAAUCUCAAGGGUUACUCCGCGCAUAGUUAUGACCGAGAAUGCACAUGGACUUGUUUAUUGUUGCACCUUUUUUUGUAGCAUGACUCAAAGGACCCAGAUAUAAUCUGUACAUUUGGUUGGGCUGGGUUAAGUUGAUCUUGACAUGGUUGUAAUAGAAAUUGCUGUGUGGGAUGGGAAGUGAUCAAGAGCUAUACCUGGGUCAGUGUCAGCCGCCUCAGACCAAAGGGCAUUUCAUUUCCAUAUCUCAUGCCUCACACUCUGUGCACUUUUUCAUGCAAGUACUUUGCAUUGGCAUUGGCAUAGAUAUUCUGGGGGGAAAUAAAAAGACAAGAAAAGGAAAAAAAAGGAAGAAAAACAAGGAAUGUUGUAUAUCUGCAAAUACACAUUAUAUAAAGAAACAAGUAGGAAAACUAUGUUAAACUAAUAGAGCUUUCAAAUUCAGUCUAAUUGCUAUGAAAGACAAAGAGGUGUUAGAAAGUAUUUUAAACAUUUAAAAUUCAAGUCUACAUGUAAAUCAUAUUAUGAGGAGCAAAACACCAAGAAGACAUUUUUUGUUUGGGUGACGGAUUUAAUGUCAUGCUGAUUUCUAGGAAAUCUGAUCAGAAAUCCAAGCUGUAGUCCACUGAUAUUUUUAUUCUGUUGGUUUGGAUCAAAUUGGAAAUGCUCCUGUAUUAGAUGAAGCUUUAAAUAUAGCUGGGCUGAGUUUCAAAACAAAAGGUAAAUCUGAACUCAGAUACUAUGUAAAUUUCUUGGAGGCUUCAUAGUAUUCACUUAAUGGAAAUUUGCCUGGUACAGUGAAUGAAAGAAAGCCAAAAUAUUCCCAACAUCAAUGUAAAAAGCUCAGAUGUCACUACAUUGAUUUGAUCUACUUUUAUUUGUGCUUUUGUCCAUGAUGUAUUUCAGAUUUCAUGAUUUUGUCUAAUGAAAGUAUGUUUUUCACUUCUAGAGACCAGCAGUGAGCAGUUUGUUUAUGUAUUGAUUGUCUCAAUGCUAGAGCUGUAGAUUGAUAAAAA